AUGAAAUGCAAUUUCAAUGGAACUCUGCUGAUCAGUGUGCUCCCUCCACUGUUGGUGACAGAAUUUGUUUUGGGAGUCCUUGGAAAUGGUUUGGCUCUCUGGAUCUUCUGCUUCCACCUGAAGCCCUGGAAGAGCAGCACGGUGUUACUCUUUAACCUGGCAAUGGCUGACUUCCUUCUCAUCAUGGUUUUGCCUUUCCGUGCCAGCUACUACAUCUCUGAGAUCAAGUGGAAGUUUGGAGACGCUUUCUGCAACACCUGCCUCUUCAUGUUGGCAAUGAACCGCAGUGGAAGUACCCUCUUCUUGAUGGCUAUCGCUGUGGAUAGGUACAUGCGUGUGGUGCAUCCCCAUCAUCCCAUCAACUCUCUGAGUAUCUCCAAAGCCAUGUGUGGAGCACUUGCACUAUGGUUGCUCACCAUCUCAAUGUCAGCUCAUGUCUUCACUCUGCAACACAACAACAGAACCUACUGUGAGAGCUUCAUGAUUGAGACUAAAGCCUACAGUAUUCUGAGUUGGCAUAAGUUUACGUUCCUCUUUUCCUUCUAUAUGCCUCUGCUUGUGAUUCUCUACUGCACAUUCCAAAUUAUUGGCCACCUGAGAAGGAGACAGUUGGCCCAGCAUGCAAAGAUUAAGAAGGCUCUGUGCUUCAUCACAGUAGUGGCGGUGCUCUUCAUCAUUUGCUUCCUCCCAAGCAACAUCACACAACUGCUGAUUUGGAUCAAGUUACAACAAGGAGCCGGCAGCACCCUCUCUGAUCCUGAAGUCUGCCUUGCUCUGGAAGACCUGACCACCGCGUUUUACAUCACCAUUAGCCUGACCUAUCUCAACAGCGUGCUGGACCCUGUGGUUUACUACUUCUCCAGCCCUAUCUUCAAGAACAUCUGCAGGAAAGCUCUUCAUCUGUCCCAAGCAGACACUGCUCAAAGUGCAGAGAAGAAAACUCGAGAAACAGAUCCCAGUCGCUCAGCCAGCUGUGAUCACAAAAUCUAGGAAAUCAUUGAGAUAGAUGCAGCUUGAUUUAAAGUGACAUGUUUCUUUCAAACUUGUCAUGUAAGUACACACAAUUGUUAUAUUUUUACUUCUCAUAUACAGUAGUUAUCCACUACUGGACCUAA